AUGUCCCCCCACCCCCAGCGAACCCACCCUUCCCCGAUGAUGAUGUCACCCCAGCAGCAGAUGAUGUCCCAGCAUCCCUCCCCCCGGGCUCACCCCUGCCCAGCCGCAGCCUCUCCCCUCCCCCGGGCUCACCCCUGCCCACCCGCAGCCUCUCCCCAUCCCCCAGCCCUCCAUGAGAGGCUUACCUCCCCUCGGCCAGAGACCCUCCUCUGUUCUCCACAGGAGGAUGUCUCCCCCGCAUCCUUCAUGGCCUCACCCCACUCCCCGCAUCGACGACUCCAGCCCCAGCGCCCCCUUCCCUGGCCCUCUCCCCCGCCGCCCCCCGUCUCCCCCAUCUCCCCCCCGAGCAUCCAUGAUCCGACGCUCUCCCCCUCCUCCCCACGCGGCUCCAUAUGCAGAGUUAUGCCUCCCCCGUCCUCACCCUCUCCCUCCCGUUUGGGGGAGGAAGUCCUUUGGAGCGAGGAAGGUCCUCCGCGGCACUCCCUCCCCCUCCUCCCCCGUCGUCCCUCCCCCCGUCGUGCCUCUCCCCCUGCCUCCCCCAGUUUCUCUCCCGCACCUCACCCCGCCUCCCCCACCCUCUCCCACCACUCCACGCGUCUCCUGCGACAGGGCGAAACCCCUCUGGUGCGCCCGCGGUUCGGAGGUCGCGGCCCCGUACCCAUGGGAACUGUCAGACCUUCUCCCAUGGGAAGACGAGGACAACCGAUGGCCCCAACCCAGAACGUCCCUCCCUUUAGAGCCUCAGUCCGCUCCAACCACACUGGCCUCACCCUCUCACCCCGCCUCUCUCCCCGCCUCACUCACCACCCCUCACCCCAGAUAGGCCAUCGCCCUCCUCUAAGCAACAGGGAGUCGGGAAGGUACCUCUCUGGGAGACCCGACCCCUAUGGCCAUUCAGAGCAGUUCGUUCCCUCCUCCCCAAUGCUGCAGGGGGCGCUCCAGAACCAAACCCUCCGUAACGCGUCAUUCACCUCUCCUCGCUUGCGGCCCAUGUCACCGUACGCCCAACAGGUACCGGAGUACGCCCAGCCUUCCUCUCCCAUGCUCCAGGGGGCGCUCCAGAACCAACAGCUACGUAACGCCUCUUUCACCUCCCCACUACAACAGCCUAUGUCGCCCUAUGCUCAGGAUAUGGGGGGUUAUGAAGACCCUAUGAUGCCUUCCUCCCCCAUGCUCCAGGGGGCGCUCCAGAACCAACAGCUACGUAACGCCUCAUUCACCUCCCCACUACAACAGCCUAUGUCGCCCUAUGCUCAGGAUAUGGGGGGUUAUGAAGACCCUAUGAUGCCUUCCUCCCCCAUGCUCCAGGGGGCGCUCCAGAACCAACAGCUACGUAAUGCCUCAUACGUGUCACCGUUACAACGACCCAUGUCCUCCUAUGGAUCUAUGGGCGGGUACGAUGAACCUCUCCCCCCUUCCUCCCCGAUGCUAGGCAAUGCUCUUCAGAACCAGGCACUACGCGGAGCCUCGUUUGGAAGCCCGGCAUUACAGCGUUGUGGGAACCCGUACGGUCCAGUGGUGACCCAAUACGACUACCACUCCGAACCCGGCCCCUCCCCUCUGCUCCACAAUGCCCUGCAGAACGCCAACAUGAGGAACGCCUCCUUUGGAACCCCGAUGCUCCAGCGCCGAGGGGGCAACCCCUUCGGAACCGUUGUCCCUGACUACUACGGAGCAUUGCAGAACCCACAGAUGCGACAGAUGGUUCAAUCCCGGGGUGGCCUCCUUCCGCUCCGUUCCCCCUACGGACCGCUACACCCUGAGCCCCGGUUUGGCAACUCCCACCAGAACCACAGAGUCCACGGGACGAUCGUCACAGAUGAACCGAACCUAGUGGCGGCUCUCAUGAACCCGACGCUAAAGACGGCAUCGUACACCUUACCGGACGGUACCAUCGCUAUCGGACCCCAGCAGCAGAAGAAUCCGAACCUCUCGGCGGCAUUAUCGAACCCUUACCUCAAAUCAGCGUCGUAUACUCUACCAGACGGUACCAUUAUCAUAGACCCCAGGAAACCGGUCUCACCGUCCCUCGGCCGCGCGCUCCAGAACCCGGCGAUGAUGAACACUUCCUACACUCUGCCGGACGGAACCAUUAGAGACCCCAAUGCUCCCAUCUCUCCUAACCUGUCUUCCGCGUUAAACAACCCUCACCUGAAAUUAGCCUCGUAUUCGCUCCCUGACGGUUCGAUUAUCAUCGACCCCAGGAAACCCAGAUCUCCGAACCUCCUGGCGGCGUUAUCCAACCCGUACCUGAAGACGAUCUCCUACGAGCUCCCAGACGGUUCUAUAAUCAUCGACCCGCGGAAACCCACCUCGCCCAAUCUGUCCUCGGCGCUCCUGAACCCGGCGAUGCGGAAUGCCAGCUACGCCCUAGAAGGAACUGUGAUCACCGAUCCCAACGCUCCGAUCUCUCCGAACCUGUCUUCCGCAUUGAUGAACCCACACCUGAAGUCAGCCUCCUACACGCUACCGGACGGUUCUAUCAUCAUCGACCCACGGAAACCCCGGUCCCCGAACCUGCUGGCGGCUCUACAGAACCCGUAUCUGAAGUCAGUAUCUUACGAACUGCCUGAUGGAAGCGUCAUCAUCGAUCCUCGUAAGCCUCGCGGGCCAGACCUGUCGGGAGCCCUGUCAGGCGCCCUGUCGCAGAACCAGGACCUGAUUAAUCAGAAACGGUACCGACUUGGGGACGGAGCCCUUGUGGUCCCUGGGCAAAAGCCCCGCCUCGGCGCCGCCCUGAUGAACCAGAACAUGAGGAAGGUGGACUAUCGUCUAGGUGACAGCGGGGCGCUGUCCGUCCGGCCCACCAACCCCAGGCUCUCUGAGGCGUUGCAGGAGAACCGGGAUCUCCUGAGCCCAAACCGGUACCGGCUGCCGGAACGCAAUAUGCUGAUGCGGAAGUUUGGGAAUCCGUACCUGGACGAGGCCCUGCAGGACACACAGCACCUCCGUUAUGCAUCGUACAGACUGCCCCCGGGGCUUCAGGGGCAGGAUAACCGCUAUGCUGUGGUUCCGCCGUACGGGCCGCGAUCUGGCCACUGGGCUGGCAACACACACUCCGGCCAGGAGGGAGAUGAUGUCUGGGUCUCCGAGAGGAUUCUACCGCACGGAACUGUGCAGAACCUCACCAAGUGGUCCAUGUACCGCGAGGUCAUGGAGUCAGAGGGAAUCACUCCCGCAGCACCAGGAAAACUGGAGGGAACGGGGGAACCGGACUGGACCCCUAAUAGAGAGGGGGAACCCAACAGCUGGUACGAGAAGAUCUACUCCAUCAGGUGUAUCCCCACGGUGCCUCACAGGGUGAAGCCUUGGGCGUACGGCAUGGAAGACAUGACACAGAUGGAGGAGCUGAAUGAGACCACAGUGCUGAUGAACCUGAAGAUGCGCUACGACCAGGAACUCGUAUAUACAUAUAUAGGUAGUAUCCUGGUCUCGGUGAACCCCUAUAGGAUGUUCAACACGUACGGGACUGACGUGGUGCUGCAGUAUGAAGGACGCGGAAUGGCAGACAACCCUCCGCAUCUGUUUUCCAUCGCCAGUGUUUCCUACACCACCAUGAUGGAUGCUAAACACAACCAGUGCAUCAUCAUCAGUGGGGAGAGCGGGUCAGGGAAGACUGAAGCCACGAAAAUGGUCCUACGUUACCUGACAGCUAUACAUCACAAACGCAACAUUACACAGCAGAUUGAGAUCCUGGAGGCCACUCCCUUGUUGGAAUCCUUUGGGAAUGCCAAAACAGUCCGGAAUGACAACUCUAGCCGCUUCGGGAAAUAUGUGGAGAUAUUUCUGGAGGGGGGUGUGAUCAGCGGUGCCAUAACAUCUCAGUAUCUGCUGGAGAAGUCCCGCAUCGUCUUUCAGGGUAAAUCAGAGAGAAACUACCACAUCUUCUAUGAGAUGCUGUCUGGUCUGGAGCCUCACCAAAAACGCUCUCUUUACCUGCAAGAGGCGGAGACAUACUUUUACCUUAACCAGGGUGGUGACUGUGCGAUAGAGGGGAAGGAUGACGGAGCAGAUUUCCGUCGUGUGCAGAGUGCCAUGGACAUCCUGUGUUUCAGUGCUGAUGAGAAGAACGGCAUCUGUAGACUACUGUCCUCCGUUCUACACCUGGGGAAUGUUUACUUCCAGCCAUACCAGGCUGAAGGCCAGGAAGUGGCGACGGUCGUCAGUGAUCAGGAGAUCAGAGUGGUAGCUGAGCUGCUCCAGAUCUCUCCUGAGGGACUCAAAAAGGCCAUCACACACAAAAUCACGGAUACAGUCCGGGAGAAGAUCUACACUCCCCUGACAGUGGAGAGUGCUGUGGAUGCCAGAGACGCUGUUGCUAAGAUCCUGUACUCGCUGCUGUUUCAUUGGCUGACCGAGAAGAUAAAUGGGCGGGUCUAUCCUCGCAACGAGGCUCUGUCCAUCUCUAUACUGGACAUAUACGGCUUCGAGGAUCUGUUACUCAACAGUUUUGAGCAGCUGUGUAUCAACUAUGCCAACGAGAGGCUGCAGUUCUACUUCAACAAGAUCAUCUUCAGGGAGGAACAGGAGGAGUACAUCCGGGAGCAGAUCAGCUGGCAAGAGCCCUUCAGCGACAACCAGGCCGUCAUCAACCUCAUCGCCGCUAAGCCUCAUGGGAUACUGAGGAUCCUGGAUGACCAGUGCGGCUUCCCCCAGGCGACAGACCACACCUUCCUCCAGAAGUGCAACUAUCACCACGACAGCGAUCUGUAUGCCCGGCCAAAGAUGCUCCCAGAGUUCACACUGAAACACUACGCUGGGAAAGUCACAUACCAAGUGCAUAAGUUCCUCCAUAAGAACUUUGACCUGGUGCGUCAGGACGUUCUGGAGCUGUUCAGUAGCAGUAAGAACCGCAUGGUGUCCAACCUGUUCCUCCAACACAGUGAGGGUCUGGCGUCUCAGCAGCGUUCUGCCGCCAGGAGGGGCUCCACCGCCCGCCGCCUCGCCAGCAACACCGUCAGCGCCAAGUUCCAGAGCAGUCUGCAGGACCUGGUGGAGAAGAUGGAGAGAUGUAACCCGUACUUUGUACGUUGCAUCAAGCCAAACCAGCACAAGGAGCCGGGCCAGUUUGAGAUGGAGCUGGUGAAGACUCAACUACGUUACUCUGGUAUCCUGGAGACCAUACGCAUCAGGAAGGAGGGAUACCCAAUCAGAAUACCCUUCUACCAAUUCCUCACCAGGUACAAGGCGUUACUGUGUCUAAAGGAGGUACCUCCAGCGGACGGGGAGACCUGUGUUGAGAUGAUCUAUAAACUCUGUCCUGUUAAACCUGGAACAUACCAAGUAGGAGUUACCAAGAUGUUCCUGAAGGAGGAUCUGUACCAACUGAUGGAGUGGAAGCGUGAUCUGGUGUUCCACGUGGCCGCCGUGACCCUGCAGCGCUACACACGGCUGUACUUCAUCAGGAAGAGACGGAACAAGUUCCGAAACACCAUGAUUCAACUACAGACCUACUGUAGAGGACACCUGGCAAGGAAGAGGUUUGCUCUGAAGAGGAAGUACCUCAUCAAGUUCCGUUCCAUCGUGUUGCUCUACAUCAACCGUCGAAGCUAUGUGAAGGCGGAGAUCGAGCCAAUCAGGAGAGCCGAGGAGGAGUUCAGGAGGAUAGAGGAGGAGCGGGCCAACAGAGAAGUGGUGAACGUUACAACUCUGCCCAUCCCUGCUGAGUUGGGGUUUCUGCUGCAGGCUACAGCAGGUGGCAGGGAGCUCCACUCUGAGUGCCUAGCUCUGGUCCAGGCCCCUAAGGUCCAGGUGGAUCCUCAGCUGACUCUGCCUUUGAACAUCAACAACUACCUCAUCACUCACUACAUAAGGACCAUCUUCAGGGAAGCCCUGUUUGGGAUGUUGUUUGCUCCGCUGGAGAGCUCUCUGACCCGGGUGGACGAGGAACUGAAUCAGCCAGCGGUGGACAUCUUUAUGCUGAUUCUGAGGUUCAUGGGGGACCCCGACCUGAACGGAGCUCAGGAGAACCUGUUUGGGAACUACAUCAUCCAGAAAGGACUGGCCAAUCAGAGCCUCCGAGAUGAGAUCCUGGCACAGGUAGCCAAUCAAGUCUGGCGAAACGUCAACCCUCAGAACUCGGAACGCGGGUGGCUCCUCCUCUCUGCCUGUCUCUCCUCCUUCCCUCCCUCGCAGCGGCUGGAAAAAUACCUCCUCAAGUUUGUCUCAGACUACGGUCCAGGAGGAUAUGACUGUGUGUCCUUCCUGUGUCCACUGCACUCAUGGACCACUGGGGAGGUCCUGGCCAGAGACAUCUUACAGCACAUCAGUAGCCUGUUGGGCAGUGGGUUUGGACCAGAUGAAGGCCUCUCCAGACCCUCCAUGCACACCACCAGCAGACACAGCUCUGGGGGGCUCUACGGACAAGCGGUGAGGGUUUUGCCGAUGUUGCCGGUGGUCCCGGUGGCUCCGUUCGUCCCGGUGGCUCCGUUGGUCCCGGUGUCUCCGGUUGCUUCUGUAGUAGAUCAACAGCAUGCUGUCAUGGCCCAGCAGCAACACGCCAUCAUGAACCAACAGGCCAUCAUUAUGGUAGGCCCAGCAGAUGACAAUGCAGGCCAUGGCUUUAGUAACAUCCCCCAUGACCUCGCCACCCACCUCCCCCUCACCUCACCCCCCAUGAGCCCCCUCCUCCCCCACUCCCUUCCCCCUAGCCCCUACACACAUUUCCCCCCAAGCCCAUAUGGUAGCAUCACUCCUAGCCCUUAUGCCACUUCCAGUCCAGCCAGCCCGUAUGCUGUCAUGCCUCCCAGCCCGUAUGCUGCUUCCCCUGCCACCUCCAGUCCAGCCAGCCUCCCUGACCCCUAUCCUGCCCCCCAGAGCCAGACCCCUAGACCCAACUCCACUACCCAGCCUGUCCCUGUCUACCCUGGGGCUAGCCAGCCCACCAGUCCUGAGGUACAGCCAUAUCCAGCCAGCCUCCCUGACCCCUAUCCUUCCACCCAGGCCAAGACCGCAGGUAAAGACGCAGUUCCUCACCAGAAGUCUCCAGCCAUCCCCAUCAACAAGGAACCUGCCAGGAAGUUUGCUCCGGUGGUGACCAGUCCUGCUCCCCCUGCUGCUGAGGUGGUGAAGUCAUCAGUGUUGCCUCAGGUAGACAUCGUACCCAGCAGUAACAUCAAGGAUAUCAUCAGACAGUACGACACUCCUCCGCCCGUGACUGAUGCCCUACCGCCCGGCAAGAGGAGACCAGAGGGGAAGUUUAUGAAGAUGCAGAAUCCUCGUGAUGAAGCUCUACAGAUCCUCAAACCUCAGAUGGACAACCCAACACCACAGCCCAAGCGUCCGUUAGGCCCAAGCUCCUCUACGAUGGCUCUAAAGGAAGCAGGGACUAACCCCACCAAGAGGGCCAAGAAGAGGGCCCCUGAACGCCCUCAACCACUCCCUCUACCAGUAUCGCGAGAGCUGCCAGUGGAGGCGGAGACUAUUCAGACCCAGCUCCAUCGCAGCACAACACAAGAACACUACACCUACACCAACGUACCCUGGAAGAUCUACAUCAGGAAGGAGGUGUUCUACCCUAAAGACAGCUUCAACCAUCCCCUGGUGCUGGACCUCAUGUUUCUCCAGAUAGUGAAUGAUACUCUGUCUCAGGCAUGUGUUAGAAUCUCCAAUCGGGAGAGAAUGAAGAUGAAGUCUCUGUUUGAGAAACAUGGCGUAGAGCGGAACACAGACACAGUGAACGAGGCGGUGAAGAAGGAGGUUGUCACAGUAGCCAAGGAAUCCUGGGAUAUUUAUUUCUCAUGCCUAUUUCCUGCCUCGGGUAGUGCAGGUACAGGGGUACAGGUGUUGUCCGUGUCUCACACCGGGAUCAGGCUCCUGAAGACAGUGAAGAGCAGCACUGAGUCGGACUACUUCAGAGUCCUACGACAUUACACCUACGCAGACAUCCUUUUUCUGACCGUACCUUCAGGGAACAUGUUGGAGUUUAAUCUGACCAAUGAGAAGCUGAUUCUGUUCUCAGCCAAGGCUCCACAGGUCAAACACAUCGUGGACUGCUUCAUCAUUGAGAUCAAGAAGGACUCUGAGUAUGUGGUAGCAGAGCGUAACUUCGUGACAGACGAGCGUCCUCUGCUCGCUUUCCAUAAAGGUGACAUCAUCAGGCUGCAAGUCACGGAAGGACUGGAAAAGGGAUACAGCUACGGCUCUGUUGUGAGGAAGAAGGUGAUGUUUCUGGAGGAGAUGAAGAGAGACACGCCAGACUUUGGUUGGCAGUUUGGAGGGGUGUUUGGUCGUGCAGGGCGUUCCCGACAGAUUGUGUCCGUCCCGUCGCCGCCCCCAGACUUCCUGUCCAUCCCGGUUGACCGCAGGGCGGAGCUUAAAGGAGGAGCAGGGCGGGUUGCCGUGACAUCAGCUAUGGCUGUGGCCGUGGCGUCCAGCGCGGCCGCUCACGAGAUAGACCCAACCCUGGAGGUGCAAACUGAUACACACACUGUAGUACACCAGAUAGACCCCACCCUGGAGGGCCUCUGUGAGUGUUUAUCUGUGGUUCCUCCCCACAGGGCCUUUGUGAGUGUGUAUCUGUGGUUCCUCCCCACAGGGCCUCUGGCCUCUGUGAAGUCCAAGAAGCCCAAAGACACCAGAGAUCCCUUUGAAAUGGUCAGGUUCUCCAAGUCUCCACUGUCUGAAUCUCUGAUAGAGUUCACUGAUCCUGCUAUGAACAGAGUGGCUACAGACAUCUUCCUUUCGGUGAUGCGUUUUAUGGGAGACCACCCCUUGAAGGGCCUGACAGAACAAGAAGUAGUCAACACCUUCCUGAAGCUGAUUGGACAGUUUGGUCUGAUGAAGGAUGAAGCCUACUGUCAAAUCCUCAAACAGAUUACAGGAAACACCAGCCCUAAACCGGACAGUUGUCAGCGUGGCUGGAGGUUGCUUUACAUCCUGACUGCGUUCUAUCGCUGCUCUGAGGUCCUGAAGCCCUUCCUGUUGAAGUUCCUACAGAACGCCUCCCUCAGUCAGGGAGGAGUGUUCCAGGGCAUAUCAAAGGCUUGUGAGCAGAACCUGAGGAAGACCUAUCGGUACGGAGGACGCAUCAUUCCUCCCAGCAGUAUGGAACUGAAAGCUACGGUGGCGGGGAGGAGCUCCAAGCGACAACUGUUCCUCUUCCCAGGAGGCAUCGAACGACACCUGAAGAUCAAGACGUGCUCUGUGGCGCUGGACGUGAUAGAGGAGCUGUGUUACGAGAUGGGUCUACACAGACUGGAGGCCGUUGACGAGUACGCUGUCUUCCUGGUCACGAAAAGAGGUGAGAAUGUCCGUCCCCUCAAUAAGAGGGAGUACAUCCUGGACAUUGCUACGGAGGCGGAGCCAAUGGACUGUAACUACAGCCUGUGGUUCAGGAGGGUCAUCUGGACACAGACGCUCAAAUUUGACAACGAGCUCUGUGUCACCAUGCAUUAUAACCAGGUGCUUCCAGACUACCGUAAGGGCUUGAUGAACAUCCUGCCCAGAGGUAAAGUCUCUGAACAGCUGUUCCUCCAGAUCUCUAAACUAUCAGCUCUGCAACACAGAGCCAAGGACAUGACGUUCAUACCCAGCAUCCAUGAGUUGUCAGAGUACAUCCCCCCCCUUCUGUUUGGGAAGCAGCCUCCCCAGGCAUGGGUCACCAUGGUAACUCAGCACAUGCAGCAGGUCCAGACCCUCAACCCGCACCAGGCCAAAGCUCAGUUUCUGGAACGGGACCUCCGAGUGGAAGGCCACACAACCUCACAGAACCGGACCAUCGAGUGGAAGGCCACACAACCUCACAGAACGGGACCUCCGAGUGGAAGGCCACACAACCUCACAGAACCGGACCAUCGAGUGGAAGGCCACACAACCUCACAGAACGGGACCUACGAGUG